UAAACCUACAAAUCACAUGUUUAAAAUAAUAUGAGAUUUAUGCAAAGUGCCCAUAUAGUACAUAUAUAUAAUGUAUUUCUAAAAGGGUAUUAUUAGUUUUUCUGCGUAUUUCCCAGUCGGUUUGUUAAAUUAAUUAAAAUAAUCUAAGAAAAGACAAUUAUUAUCCAGAAUGAAAUUUCUUAAUUAUAUAAUUUUUCUCAAAAUAUGGUUACUUUUAUUCCAUGUUAUUGUAUGUAUUGGCGGCUAUGGAAAAACUUCCUACGAUCAAUUGGAUAGUGACUACAAAGAUGAAGUAGAACAAGAAAUAGUCAAAGCACCUUUGAGUUUCAUGCCAGUUUGCAAACCUCAACAAAUACAUACAUUUUCUCAAAAACAAAUUCGAUGUGCAUGCGGGAUCAAGUGUCAAUACCUAUGUCAAACAAAGACGACAAAGGAAAAAGAAGGUGAACAAAGAAAAACAUGCAGAAGAGUAUGUCGUCAAAAACCAUGUUACCGGCCAUCAGUACACAAAGUUUACCACUAUAGCUUAGCAGGUGGUCUUUGUCGAAUGUGGAAUGUUUGUACAUAUCAUGCGAAGUGUGAAGGCAAAACACGUAGAUGGGUACAAUAUCAUCUUUCUUCAUGUCAAAGAGCAAAUACACGACACAGAUACAAAUUAUGGUUUAAAGAUAUAUAGUUAUUAUAAAAAUAUAUACAUCUAUAUUUACCACUGACAACUUCCAUUCUCUCUUUUGUGUGGUCAAUAAAUAUAAUAAAAUUCUCUUAAAUGUUUCAGACAUUUUUUAAAAUGCUUUUACGAUUACCGUUACUUGUCACUUCGAUC